GACCUAUUUAUAAAUUUCAGCUGCCCAACUGUACAUGCGAUUGAAUACUCGCCCCUACUAACAGAACCGACCGAAGAUUUGCAGAAACAGGCGUCGGAAUUUCUACACCAAACAAUUUCAAUUCCGUCCCAAUCCUUGUCUCAGCAAUGGAAAUCUCUUCCAUUUCCGUAAGCUCAAGGGGACUCGUAUCUCGUCAUUCGUCAGAGAGACUGUUGCUCAGCACACGGUAUCCGAUAAUAUCCAAUUUCAGAUUCGUUUCGUUUUCAGCAACUAAAAGCUUUGGCCGGCCAUCAUCCCGUCCAACAGGAUUGUUGUUCCAGAAGGAACAUCAUGCUCGACCGGUUUGUUGCCAAAGGAGUGAUGCCGCCCCUGUAUUGGAGGCCAGAUCGAUGGAUGCGAUAUAUGAUAUUUUGGCUGAACGUCUUCUCCCAAAAGCUGCUGCGGCAGCACAAAGUUCCAAUUCUAAGCAUAUUGUGUGUUUGGCCGGACCUCCUGGGGCAGGAAAGAGCACAGUUGCAUUGGAAGUACUCAAACGUGUAAACAAGUUAUGGUCUGAAACUGAAAGAUCACAUUCCAUUGAUCCUCCUGAAGUUGCUGUUGUUCUUCCAAUGGAUGGUUUCCAUCUCUAUCGUCAUCAAUUGGACGCCAUGGAGGAUCCGGAGGAAGCUCAUGCAAGAAGGGGAGCUCCAUGGACUUUUGCUCCAGACCUUUUGUUGGAAUGUCUAAGGACCUUAAGAAGUCAGGGAUCUGUCUACGUCCCUUCUUUUGACCAUGGCGUAGGUGAUCCUGUGGAAAAUGACAUCUUUGUGAGCGUUCAGCAUAAAGUUGUGAUAGUAGAAGGGAACUAUCUUCUUUUAGACGAAGGGGUCUGGAAGGAGAUAUCUCAAGUCUUUGAUGAAAAAUGGUUUAUUGACGUCGAUAUUGAGACAUCAAUGCAACGAGUAUUUGGAAGACAUAUCGCCACUGGAAAACCUCCGAAUGUUGCUAAGUUGCGGAUAGAUUAUAAUGAUCGGCCUAAUGCAGAGCUCAUAAUUAAGUCGAAGAAACAUGCAGACUUGAUAAUCAAGUCGGUUAAUAUCUGAAGUCUUGAAACGGAUCGCAAGCCCUGCAGCCGACAGUGUAACUGUAAGUCUUUCUUGCUCCAGAAACUUGAUAUGAGAUCAUUGUCGAUAUUAUUCUCUACUGUUAUUGACAUUACUCUUCAUUUCAACUUUUUUGUGUAAAAUAAUAUGUUAGUUUAGUAGUAUAACAUUGAAAUAAGGAUCUUCUCUACACAUAUUUGUGUUUAGUUAUACUCAUCCAAAGUUAAUCUUCU